AUGGGGACUCUCAGAGAUCUUCAGUUUGCGCUCCAGUUGAAGAUUGAAGAGCUUCGUCAGAGAGACGCUCUGAUUGACGAACUCGAGCUGGAGCUUGACGCCAAAGACGAUCUCAUCCGGCGUCUGCAGGGCGAGCUCGACCGGCUGAGGGUCACUCUCAGCAGUCCCGGCUCCACCACAGGGCAACAUCAUGCUUCAUCUGGAAGGGUGAAGAGAAGAUCUGUGAUUACAGAGCCGACAAACCUGGACUUCAAUCUGAUCUUACAGAAUCCUCCCAUGAGCCACAGCAAGAACCAGGAGUCUCAGAGAGUGAUCGAGGUGGCGCUAAGGGAGAAUGAGUGGCUGCAGUAUGUAGGGAGGGAGUUAUCAGAACUGGUGGAUUGUGCAUACCCUACCACAGCUGCCCAGGGAGCUCGACUCGUUCAAGAGGGCGAUGAAGCGUCCCAAGCCUUCAUAUUGGAAGAGGGAAAACUUGAGGUAUCCAGAGCUGGCCAGAAGCUGCACGCUAUUGAAGCUGGAACACUCUUUGGAGAGCUGGCCCUGCUUUACAACUACACCUGCACUUCUACUGUUACAGCACUGGUGAGCAGUAAGCUGUGGGUGAUCGAGCGUCAGACAUUUCAGAGAGUCCUGCAGAGGGGCAGCGUUCUCCACAUCACUCAGUCUGUGGAUGUUCUCCGCAGUGUGCCGUUGCUCUGCACCUUACCAGAGGAUCAUCUAAUUAAAAUCUCAGACGUUCUGCAGGAGUGUCAUUACAGCGAUGGUGAAUACAUUGUGAGACAUGGCGCUCCUGGAGACACCUUCUUCAUCGUGAACAGUGGCCAGGUGCGAGUGAUAGAGAGGCGCUCGGUCAGUGAGGACAGUGUAUGUGUGUCCAUCCUCUCCAGAGGAGACAGCUUCGGGGACAGAGCUCUGAAAGGAGAGGUAUCAAGGUCUUUGAGUGUUGUUUCUGCAGGUGAUGUCACAUGUCUGGUCAUAAACAGAGAGUCUGUCAUGAGGUUUAUCGGCGCAUCUGGAGACACAAAGGAGAAUGGAAGCAAUGAGCCAAAAGCCAGGACUGCAGACGGAGGUGAUGGACUGUGCCAUGUCUCACUUAGUGAUGUUCAGGUGCUGUGUAAUGUUGGAGAAGGACGGUAUAGCCACACACACCUGGUACAUUUGAAGAAUGACACCAGCCGUGUGUUCAUGUUAAAGGUCAUCAGGAAACAUGCUUUAGGGAGCUCCGGCAACAGAGCACGCAUCCUCACUGAAAAACAAAUCCUGAUGGACGCUCGCUGUCCUUUCAUUAUCAGGUUGCAUUGUACAUUUAGAGACGCAAAGUGCCUCUACAUGUUGAAGGAGGCGUGUUUGGGUGGAGAUUUGUGGACUUUACUAAGAGACAGGGGUCCAUUUGAUGAAAACGCAGUCCGUUUCUACACAACCUGCAUUCUGGAGGCUUUGAGAUUCCUCCACGGCCAAGGCAUCAUCCACAGAGACCUGAAACCAGACAACGUGCUGCUGGAUCAGAAAGGAUACGCCAAACUGGCAGGCUUCGGCUCUGCUAAGCAGCUUGGCUCUCUCCAGAGAACCUGGUCAUUCUGUGGCUCAGCAGCUUACCAGGCUCCAGAGAUCAUUCUGCACAAGGGUCACGGUGUGAUGGCAGAUCUCUGGGCUUUAGGAGUUUUUGUAUACGAGUUACUCAAUGGCAGUCCUCCAUUCUCAGGCCCGGAUCAGCUAAAGAUCUGUGCAGCCGUUUUGAAGGGAAUUGAUGCGGUUGAGUUUCCGGAGACCAUCAGCAAUCCUGUGGCUGAUUUCAUCAAACAGCUCUGCAGAGACAAUCCCAAAGACAGACUGGGCCGGAGGAACGGGGUCAGAGACAUCCAAGGACACAAGUGGUUUGAAGGAUUUGACUGGGAUGCUGUGUGUAAAGGCUCACACACUCCACCUAUAUUACCACAUAUCCAAGACUUUUUGGAUUGUUCCAGCAGCGAGAAUCACACAGAUUCAUCACCCGUAGAUGACUCGGACUGGGACAAAGACUUUUAAUCUCUCCAGUGGUCAGAUAUUAAGGGAUGGAGUAUGUGAAAAACUGUUAUGAAGGACAUU